AUGGCGCUGCUCGAGCUCCUCCUGGCCCACGACGAGCACAACUACGCCGCGGCGUCGCUCGUCGUCGUCGUCGUCUACGCGCUGAGCGCCUACGUCGCGAAGCCCGGCGGCGCCGGCGUCUCGGCCAAGGGCGCGAACGCCAACGUCGACGCGGCGCCCGAGACGCGCGCCGCGUUCGCGUCGUUCCGCCGCGCGUACGUCGUCGCGUUCGGCUGCGGGCUCUGGUGCGAGUUCGCCGGAGCGGCCAUGCUCUUCGCGGCGCUCCGCGAGACCUACCCCAUCGUCGUCGUCGCCGAGCUCUUCGCCGCGUCCUUCGCGGGCUCCUGGGCCUCGCGCGCGUUCCUCCGGCGCGCGGCGGAGGCCGCGCUCGGCCUCAGGGGCGCGUGCGCGUGCGGCCUCGCGCUCUACGCCUGCUCGGCGCUGGGCACGGCCGUGUCCUGCGACCGCGAGGGGCUCUACGCCCUGCUCGUCGCGUCGCGCGUCGCCGCGGGCGUCGCGCAGCCCGUGCUCCAGCAGAGCUUCGAGGCGUACCAGCGGAGCGCGCACGCGGCCGCGCGGUACCCGUCGGGCUGGCGCCGCGAGACCUACGAGGCCGUCGGCUUCGCGUCGACGGCGGCGUCGCUGGGCGCCGGCGUCGGCGCCGAGGUUUUCGCGCGGCUCGCGGGCGGCGACCGCCGCGCGCCGCUCGCGGCGUCGGCCGCCGUCGCGGCGGCCGGCGCGGCCGUCGUCGGCCUCGCGUGGCCCGCGGCGCCGCCGCCGCCGGAGGCCGCGUCGUCGACGACGGGCGUCUGCGGCGGCGACGCCGAGGCCGGCGGCGGCUUCCUCGAGUUCCGGUCCGUCGCCGGCACGGGCGGCCGCCGCGGCGUCGUCGUCACGCUGGCGGGCGCGUGCCUCGACGCCGCGGCCUACCUCGCCCUCGUCGCCUGGGCGCCCGUGCUCGCGCGCGUCGACGGCGACGCGCCCUUCGGCCUCGUCUACUCGCUCGCGAUGGCCGCGGCGGUUAUAGGCACGAACGGCUUCGCGCUCGCGGCGUCGCGGAGGCCGCCCAAGUUCGAGGCGCUCGCGGCGGCGGCCUGCGCCGUCGGCGCCGUGGCCUUCGCCGUGCUCGCGUACCACCGCGACGACGUGCCCGGCGCCGUCGCGCCCUUCCUCCUCUUCCAACUCGCCUUCGGGUGCUCGAAGCCCGCGUUCGCCUCUUUGCGGGGCAAGCACGUGCCCGCGGAGAGCCGCGACGCCGCGGCGAAGCUGAGCUCGGCCUUCGUCGCCGGCGCGGGCCUCGCGCUGACCCUGCUCUACCCGGGCCACCCGACCGCGGUCUUCGCGGCCUGCGCGGCCAUCUGCGGCACCGCCGCGCCCGCGCUCGCGCUGCCCGCCGCGAAGUAA